UGUACCUCUUGAUCAUGCUCCUCUGUCUCACUGCACAAUUUGCCAGUCUAUCUCUUAUGGUCAUUAAUUCACCACAAACACAGUUAUCUCUCUCCUUCCCCUCCAUCUUUAUCUUUUUUCCACAAACUCAUUCAUUUACCCCUUCAUAUAUAUUCACCAUCAUCACUCAUAUCCCCUUCAUUGUUAUUAUUACAACACCAAAAGGCCACAAUGGGAGACACCAAACUACCUGAAGUACUCUUGCUACUCUUCACCUUAAUUCUUGCAGCUAAAUUCACGCAAGGAAUUAAAACAGAAGAGUUGUUACCUCAAUCCUCUGAACCCCAAAGAGUGCCAAGUUUGGAGGAUGGCAAUGAGGCAUGGAAAAUGAGGAUUUCUGGGAGACUGAUGAUUGGAUCCACAGCACCAACUUGUACGUACAAUGAGUGUAGAGGUUGUAAGUAUAAAUGCAGAGCCGAGCAAGUUCCAGUAGAGGGAAAUGACCCAAUUAAUAGCCCAUACCACUACAGAUGUGUUUGUCAUAGAUGAUAUAUCAUGGUCAAUAAUGUUGAAUUAUAGCACACUGUAACUUGAGUUUUAGUAGACAUGAUGACUUUAUAUCCUCUAAGUUACUGCUAAGAAAAACUUCAAUUCCUCAUUACUUCCACAAUCCUUCUUUAAAUGCUAAGAGUUGUUGUGA